CUGCUCUAUUACCCAAAUAGUUGCCACAGCGGAUAAUGAAGUUACCGCUCUGUCUCUCUCACUUCAGCUCUCUCUCCUUCUCUCACGGCUUCCUUCACUCACUCCGUCUGUGUUCCGCUGUGUUGUGAGCCCACCAUGGGACUUCCUGAAUGGACCCCCAGCAUCAUCUUCUGCCUGUUUAACGCGUUACCAAUGGUGACAGCAUUUAACAUCGAUGAAUCGGCAUGGAAACAGAUGAGCAUGCCGACAUCCUCAUUUGGCUACAGAGUUAUUCAGGAGGACACAUCAAGUGUGUUGGUGAGCGCUCCACUAGAGCAGUACGGGAACAUGAGAGGACGUGUUUACAAGUGUCAGCUUCCUGCUGGCUCCUGCUCACCUGUAAACAUCAACGUGCCCAGUUCGGCAGUGAACAUGUCCCUUGGGCUCACCAUGUCCAGGAGUGAAAUCGGCAGAAAGACACUGGUGUGUGGGCCGACUAUCCCUAUAGAGUGUGACAGAAUCACGCAGUAUGGCGGAAUGUGUUUCGGCCUCACCAGCAGAGGCUCACAAGAAGGACCUGUGCCACCCACACUAGAAGAGUGCCAGGCCACUGACAUAGCCUUCCUGCUGGACGGCUCGGGGAGUGUGGCUCCUACCGACUUCAUGGCCAUGAAAACAUUUGUGGUAAACCUGAUCAAAAAGCUCCUGAAGCAGAACACGCGGUUUGCCAUUUCCCAGUAUUCCAAUGAUUGCCAAAUCCAUGUGAACUUCAACCAGUUCAGGAGCACAGGGCGGUGGGAAUACCAGGUGAAUAGCAUCCAGCAGCUAACGGGAGGAACUAACACUGCCGGAGCGAUCAACAAACUCUUAAACAGUCUGUUUGUAGCCUCUGGAGGAGCACGGCCCAAUGCCAACAAGAUCCUCAUCGUCAUCACAGACGGGGAGUCCCAGGAUGGCUAUUAUCUUCCCUCCGUGAUAGCGCAGGCUGAUGCUAAGAAUAUUAUCCGAUACGCCAUAGGGGUUGGAGAUGCGUUCAGGCGUAGCAGCGCACGAGAAGAGCUCAACAAGAUCGCAACAUCCCCAGCGGAGCAUGUGUUCAAAGUGGACAGCUUUGCAGCCCUGGACAGGAUCAGUGGCACUUUGGAGAAGAACAUUAUUGCUAUUGAGGGCACACAGACCUCGGGUGAGGCCACCAAGAUGGAGUUUGCCCAGAGCGGAUUCAGCGCAGUGUACUCAUCCUCACCUGCUAGUAACUACUUCCUCGGGACGGUAGGGGCGUACGGUUGGACAGGGGGAUUUCAGCAGUUCUCUGCAGGCUUCCAAAACCCUAAGAUGGUGAAGGUCGAUUCAAUGUCACCCGACAGUUACCUGGGUUAUUCUCUGGACGUGGCCUACAGGGACUCCAGAAACUACAUUAUCCUGGGAGCACCACGAUAUGAACACAAGGGCCUGGUGAUGGUCAUCAACAGUGACAUCAAUGUCAAAUAUAGCCUGACACAGACCCGAGGGCAGAUUGGUUCCUACUUUGGAGCCGAGGUGUGUGCGGUAGACAUAGACGGAGAUGGCAUAUCGGACCUGAUUCUGGUCUCAGCUCCCAUGGACACAGAUGAUGACUUUGAGGGCAAAGUCUUUGUCUACAAGUUCAAGAGUGAGUACUUCUACAGUGUAGUGCAGGACACCGGCUUGUCCCUGCUGGGGAUGGCGGGUCAGAGGGGGAGGUUCGGCUCGUCUCUGGCCAGCCUGGCUGACCUGAACGGGGACGGCAUCAGGGACGUGGCCGUGGGAGCUCCUCUGGAGGAUAACGGACAGGGCAGUGUGUACAUCUUCAACGGGAGGAGAGGAGGAAUCAACCCCACAUACUCACAGAGAAUAGCAGGUUCAUCAGUGCAUUCCAAACUGCAGUUCUUCGGGUUGACUGUGGCUCCAUCUGCACUGGACCAGAGCGGCGAUAAACUACCAGACAUUGCAGUCGGGUCCAAAGGAAAGGUUCUGUUGCUCAGGUCCCGUCCCAUCGUUUCCAUAGUAACCACAGUAACCUUUGACCCUGCUAAGAUUCCCACCAGCAUCUCAGACUGCACUCAGCCUGAAAUGAUUGUGGCCAAGAUCUGUUUCGUCAUGAGGAAGGAGACUCCUGACUUCUUAGACUUGCGAGCGACCCUCAAGUACAACUUGACUGUGGACGCCACCCGGGAUCACUUCCGUGCAUCGUUCGGCGCUAAGAAACGCUCCCAGGCUGGUGUGGUCGACCUGCACCAGAGGAACACCUGCACCGAGCAGACCUUCUCAGUAGAGUGUUCCCCAGAGGAUAUCCUGAACCCUCUGUUCAACAGCUUGUCCUUCGUGUUUGAGGGGCUCCCCAUUUCCCGGACAGAGAACCUGACGCCGGUUCUGUCCCCCUCCUCAGACACCAGUGCUAUACACUCGCUGGACUUUGAGAUCGACUGUGGGAAUGACAAAGUCUGUGUUGACAACCUGAAAAUUGACUUCAACUUCUCUGGGUCCACAGACAUCGAGGUGGGCAUCACCCAGGAGCUGAAUGUGACUGUGAUGCUGGAGAACACGGGGGAGAACUCCUACAAUACCCACGUCUACUUCACCUACCCCCCCGGGCUCUCAUACAGGACAUUCAAAAAGAACAAGGGUCGGGUGGAGUGCACGUCUCGAGACAGUGAGGAUAGAGUCACUCCUGGACUGACCACCUGUGAUGUCAGCAGGCCUGUCUUCAAAGCCGGCGAUAAGGCAGUGUUUGUGAUUCAGUAUGGCAUCGACAGCAGUGGACGUUUAGGCCAGCGGGUGAACUUCACAGCAAAAGCUGACAGUGGUAAUGGAGUGCAUGCCCCAGACAGCAUAACAUCCAUAACCAAAGAUAUUGGAGUCAAGUACAGCAUCUACAUUGUCAUCAAAAGGUCUGAUGACUCCACAAACUACAUUAACUUCACUGCUGGGGAGAACAACUUGGCCAAACCAGUGCAGCAGAAUCUACAGGUGGUGAAUGCGUGGAGGGACCUGACAGUGACUGUGUUUGUGAAGGUGCCAAUCAAGCUGCAGGAGGAGAACAUCUGGACAGAUCUGGACAGUUUAAAGAUGAUUAAUGGAUGUCGCACUUAUAAAGACAUGAAGCCUGUGGGAGAUGUCAUAAAGAAACUGCAAAAAGAUCUCACCCUGGACUGUUCAGUGGCCGAGUGUAGAGUGUUUACAUGUGACAUCGAUCUGACGGAGAACAGUCAGCGCUUCCUCAACAUCUCGGGAAAUGUGAGCUCUACCUGGAUUGAGAAGACUGGGCUCAGAGAAGCUCAGCUGGCACUGAUCACCGAGGCGACGAUGGAGUACGACCAAAACAAAUACAUCUACUUCUCAGACUCCAGGAAGCAGCCCCCUGUCUCCAAGAUCAAGACUAUCGUGGAGGUGUACGACGUCCCCAACUUCACCAAGGAGAUCAUCGGGGGGACAGUGGGCGGGCUGAUCCUGCUCGCGCUCAUCACUGCAGGCCUGGUGAAGGCGGGCUUUUUUAAGAGUCAGUACAAACAAAUGAUGGAGGAGGCUGCUGGACAGGACACGGAAGGAGCUCCAGCAGAGUGAUCUUGAGUGUGUGUGUGUGUGUGUUUGUCUGUUUGUGUGUGUGUGUGUGUUUGUGUGUUUUUUGUUAUUCUCAAAAUUAUCUUCUAUUCAUUUUUAUUUUAUUGGUUAUUAAUAUUGGUAUAUAUUGAAUUACUUUAAAUGUUUUUUGUUGUGUUUCUCUGAGUGAGGCAUUGUGGGAACAUCAGUGAGGGAAUGUUUUGUUGAACAUAUUCUGACUAAUCAAAGCAGUAAGAUUUUGUACAGAUGUGGGGUUUUUCACCUCGUUGUAUAUAAACUGUGUGUGUAAACAAAGAAAUUGUGUGAGUAAAGCUCUGUGUAAACAUCAGUGUGUGUUAGACUAAGUGAGGGUUUGUGGGGACAUCCGUGUGUGUUAGAUUGAAUAAGGCUUUGUGGUGACAUCCGUGUGUGUGUUAGACUAAAUAACACCUUUUUUGCUUUUACUUUGUUCAUGGCAAUGCAGUAAAAAGUUGUAGUGAAUCAUGAGUGCACACACAG